UUCCGUGUUGGGCUUAAGACUUUGUUCUUUCGAUUUCAAAGCUGGUCGCUGUGACUGUAUUGGACAAAAGCAAAGACGUUGAUUCGAAUGGUUCCUGCAAAUCUGACCGCAGCACACGUUAGAUGUGGAUAUGGCUGCAGCUUUAGAGUACAAGGAAGAACAAUUGAACUACUACAGGAUUUGUUAUGUCGUCACCGAUCUACUGACUGAGGGCCUUCGAAUAAUCUUUAAACAAGAGUGGGACAAUCGAUACAAGACAACAAUAGGAGAAUGGAAAGACGACCCAAAGAAUGGAAUGGACUUUUGGAAUGGUGAAUCUCCUCGAAAUAGAAGCAGAAACGCUCGUCUGUUGACAACCAUGAGAAAUGGUGAUAGAGCUGAAUGGGAUUGUACCAUGCUGUUUUACGCCAUCCUUUUUUCCGAUUGCAUCCAUGGCCUCAACCCAGUCCUUUACUCGCAUAUAGAUGACCUUAGAAAAUUUCGAAAUGAGGAAUUUGCCCAUAUGCCACGAGGCCAUCUUUCAAGUACAGAUUUCCAAAAUGCACUUUUAAAGAUAAAGACUGCAUUCCACGCAGCUGGUCUUUCCACGUAUAGAAUAAUUGAAAUCCAAAAUCAGACAAAUUUUCCAACGGAAGAAUUGAGAGAUGUCCUUGACAAGAUUGAAGACCUCAGACAAGCUGUCCAAAAGAUGGAAGUGGAACUUCUGGAGAAAGAAAAUGAAGUACAAGAAAUAAGAGAGCAACGAGAAGUCCUCAAGGAACAGUUACACGGCUGUGUCCUUCCAUUUUGCAUUCUCCCUCCAAAGCCUACACACGAUGUUGCAGCACGCGAGUGGGAGAUUGAUGAAAUAAUCAAAGAGCUUAAAGCACUUAAAAGCGCCAAUGAUGGUUAAGCAUGCUGUAUUUAUCAGGAAAUCCAGGAAGUGGAAAAUCUCAGUUAGCCCGUUCAGCAGCCAAGCGACUCAACGACGAAGCCAACGAGCUUCCUUUCGCUAUUCCAUUUGUCAUGACUCUUAAUGCUGAGAAUUCGGAAACUCUUUUGGAAUCGUAUAUUUCGUUCGCUAGGCAUUGCAAAUGCCCGGAAUAUUCAGUCACAAACACUGUUAGUUCCAAGGCCCUGAGCACAGACGAGAAAAUCUUAAAUCUCAUGACGUUGAUAAGCACUAAAAUUGAGAAUUACACUUCGUGGCUUGUGAUAGUUGACAAUGUCACAAGCGUAUCUCGAGUACACUUUCACUUGCCAGAUGCAGGGAACGAGCAGUGGGCGAGAGGCCAGAUGUCGGUAACAACACAGGACACAGUUUGUAUCCCGGCAACAAGCUCUUCCAUCCAACAUAUUUCAGUCAGCGCAGGGAUGCGUCUAGAUGAUGCCAGGUCUUUAUUACGAGUGCUCUCUGGUGUCACAGAUGCCAAGUUAGAAGAAAAAGUCGCGCAGGUGUUAGACUUUCAACCACUUGCUUUCGCGAGCGCUGCAAUUUAUUUGAGUCAAAUCCGUCAGAACAAGUCUACAUUGGGCUGGAGUGACUAUCUCAUGAAACUAGAGAGAGGGCAACGAAGUGCAACCGAGACCCUUCUUUCUCAGACCAAUCCAGGCUAUCCCAAGUCCAUGACGAAAGCAAUUUCUCUUGCUGUCGAAAAAGCGAUGGCAGACGACAUAGUUUCGCAUCAUAUGUUCACGCUUCUCUCCAUGUGCGCACCAAACCCGAUCCUACUGGACAUCAUCAUCCAGUACAUUAAGGAAAUGGAUGAAGAAUUUGAAGAUGAAGAUAUGAUUAGAAUGAGAAUCAGUCGCUGUUCGUUGCUUUUAUUUGAAGAAGAAGAAGAAGAAAAAGAAGAGGAAGAAAAAGACUGCGUUUACAUUCGAGUGCAUGGAGUCGUCCAUGAUGUUCUUAAGUCUGCGACCAAAGACUUUGCACGGGACCAGCACGUGAAAGUAGCAAAUAAGGUUUUAACGUCAUUUUCGAAGUUCAAGGACCUAGAUUUUGUAAUUAUUGGCAAGAGGAUAGUUCCUCAUUUAAAGGCGGUGAUCUUGAAAAUUCAACAUCUAUUAUUAGAACAAGGGAUUCCCCAUAACUCCGAAAGUGACUUAACAACUUUGUGUAGUAAUCGUCAUGUGUUUUCCGCUCUUGGCCGUGUGUGUAGAAAUCAUUGCGAGUUACACGCGGCACUUAUCUAUUUCAAAGUGGAACUAGAAAUUAUCAACUUGGGUAAAGGAUGUGGCGACAGCGAAAAGGCAACAUGUUACAACGACCUGGGAAUUGUCCACAUUUACCAAGGUCACUUAGAACACGGAAAAGCCUACUUUAAGAGUGCAUUAGAAAUUGAUCUGAAAAACUUGGGACCUGAACAUGUUGAUGUUGCAGCUUCUUACAAUAACCUGGGUAAUGUUUACCGUAAACUUGGCGAAAGAGAGGAAGCAAAACGCUGUUACGAGCGAGCACUAGACAUUCGUGAGAAAAAGCUCGGUGCCGAUCAUGUUAACGUCGCAAUUUCUUACCAUAACCUGGGUGGUUUACUAAGUGACCAGGGGGAGAAAACGACAGCCAAAGACUAUUACCUACGUGGACUGGACAUCUGCCUGAAGAAGCUUGGGCGUGAGCACGUCAAAGUCGCAACUUUCUACAAUAACCUUGCCAGUGUGCUCUUUGAUCUCGGUGACAAGGAGAAGGCAAGGCACUACUAUAACCUUGCAUUGAACAUCCGCCUUAAAAAGCUCGGAGCUGAUCAUGUUGAUGUCGCAGCGUCGUACAAUAACCUGGGUAUUUUGCACUGUGACCUAGGCAACCUCGAGAAGGCAAAGGAUUAUUAUGAGCUUGCAAUGAACAUUUUCCUGACAAAACUCGGAUCUGAUCAUGAGAGUGUUGCAAUUUCUUUCAAUAACUUGGGUAAUGUGCUUAGUAAAAUGGAUGUGAUGGAGAAAGCAAAAGACUACCUUGUGCGUGCAUUAGACAUUCGUGUUAAAAAACUCGGACCGGAGCAUGCUGCUGUCGCAGAUAGUUACAACAACCUGGGCAUUGUACACAAAAAACUUGGUGAGAAAGAGCUGGCAAGAGAGUGUCAUUCACGUGCACUAAACAUUCGAAUACGAAAUGUAGGAGCUGAAAAUGUCAAGGUCGCAGCUUCUUACAACAGCUUAGGUGGAGUGUACAGAGACCUCGGUGAUUUGAAACGGGCCAAGAAUUGCCAUGAAAAAGCACUGGAAAUUCGUUUGUAAAAACUUGGACCCAGGCAUGUUGAUGUCGCGACGUCUUACAGUAACCUGGGUAUCUUGUGCCAUGACUUGGGUGAACUCAAGGAGGCAAGGGAUCAUUAUACACAUGCCCUGGGGAUUCGAUUAGAAAAACUGGGAUCUGACCAUUGCAAAGUUGCAGCCUCUUACAAUAACCUAGGUGUUGUCCAUUGUGACUUAGGUGACCGAAAGAAAGGAAAACUUUAUCACAAGCGAGCACUGAAAAUUCAUUUAAAAAUGCUUGGACCUGACCACGAGAGGGUUACAGUCUCUUGCAAAAAUCUUGAUGUUGCACGCGGUAACCUUAAAGGCAGAAAAAAAACGUUUAAGACAUUUCGAUCAAAACCAAAGCCCUGAAAACGUUCACGUAAUAGAUGCUAAGAGCAAUCAUCACAGCUAUAUGAGAGAAGAUAGAAAGCGCCGCCUAUUGGAAUUCUACAAAGAAGGAGGAAAAAUCUUCUAAUUCGACGGCUCACUCCUAUGUUGUGCAUUUUCACUCGAAGUCAUCUUGUCUGUUACGUACACGUUGCUCCUCAACCGCUCCACUUCUUUUGUUGAACGUAAAAUUUGGAGACUCGAAUUGAAGCACUCGUUAUAUUAAGUAAGGAACGUUAAACUUGAGUUAAGUUUGUUCAGUAUAGUCUGAUAUGGAAAUAUCCUGAGUACCAUAGCUUUCAAAAUACCAACAAGUAAUCGCUUAAAAACAUGCACAGUUGUAAAGAGGUGAUUGUGAAUAGCUAGCAGUUCAUCUUUCAAACCAGUCUCAUUCCUUUUCAAGAUGUUUCCCCUUUUUUACGUUUCACCGUGUUGUUUCUGAUCUCCCUAUGAAUGUUUGUCCAACCAUGUGACG